GAAGCUAAAAAGGUGAAGUUGGCAGCAAUAGAAUUCACUGAUUAUGCCAUUGUUUGGUGGGAUAAAUUGGGUAUUAAUAGGAGGAAUAAUGGAGAGAGGCCUGUAACAACUUGGAGCGAAAUGAAAGCUCUAAUGAAGAAGAGAUUUGUUCCCAACCAUUAUUUUAGAGAGCUUUAUCAAAAGUUGCAGACCCUUACACAAGGUCCUAGGAGUGUAGAGGAGUACAAUAAGGAGAUGGAAUUGGCCAUGAUAAGAGCUAAUGUGCAAGAAGAUAGAGAAGCAACAAUGGCCCGAUUUCUAAGUGGGUUGAACAAAGAUAUAGCUGAUAUAGUUGAAUUGCAUCAUUAUGUAGAACUAGAAGACAUGGUGCAUAUGGCUAUUAAGGUGGAAAAGCAACUCAAGCGAAAAGGUGCUUCAAAAUUUCAUUCUGGAUCAACUUCUUCUUUCAAACAGAAUUGGAAGAAAGGAGAAAAAGCUAUCCAAAAGGAGACCACUAGAGGCAAAGAAGAAGCUUCAUCAAAGAGCAAAGGUAAAUCUGAUUCCCAAACUUCUAGAAAUAGGGAUAUAAAAUGUUUCAAGUGUUUGGGUACAGGUCAUAUUGCUUCUCAAUGCCCCAACAAGAGAGUUAUGAUUCUGAAAAAUAAUGAAGUUGUGACUGAAAGUGAGAGUGAAAGUGAUGACUCCAUGCCCCUACUUGAAGAUGCUAGUGAUGAUGGGAUUGAGUAUGCUGUGGAAGGAGAAUGCCUUGUGGUUAGAAGAGCCUUGAAUUGUCAAGUGAAGGAAGAUGAGUUGAAUGAGCAAAGGGAAAAUAUUUUCCAUACUCGCUGCCUCAUUAAUAACAAGGUAUGUAGUUUGAUAAUUGAUGGUGGGAGUGUUACAAAUGUUGCAAGCACUACAAUGGUUGAGAAAUUACAUUUGCCCACUGUUAGACACCCUAGACCAUACAAGCUGCAAUGGCUGAAUGAAUGUGGGGAGAUUAAAGUUGAUAAGCAAGUUCUUGUUUCUUUUUCAAUUGGGAAGUAUUGUGAUGAAGUAUUAUGUGAUGUUGUUCCUAUGCAUGCUGGACAUAUACUUUUGGGAAGACCUUGGGAAUUUGAUAGAAAGGAAUAUGUUGAUGUGUUCCCAGAGGAGAUUCCACCUGGAUUACCACCCAUUAGAGGAAUUGAGCAUCAAAUUGAUUUCAUUCCAGGAGCAACAAUUCCUAAUAGGCCAGCCUAUAGAAGCAAUCCAGAAGAGACAAAGGAACUUCAAAGGCAAGUGGAAGAGCUCAUGGCAAGGGGAUAUGUUAGAGAAAGCUUGAGUCCUUGUGCUGUUCCGGUACUUUUGGUCCCAAAGAAAGAUGGAACUUGGAGGUUUGUGGUGAGUGCUAAAGGAAUAGAAGUUGAUGAAGAAAAGAUAAGAGCUAUUAAAGAAUGGCCAACACCUAAAAGCAUAACUGAGGUGAGAAGCUUUCAUGGUUUGGCUAGUUUUUAUAGGCGCUUUGUCAAAGAUUUUAGCACACUUGCUGCACCACUCACUGAAGUUAUUAAAAAGUCUGUUGGUUUUAAAUGGGAUAAAGAACAAGAUGUUGCAUUCAUUAGGCUUAAGGAUAAAUUGUGUUCUGCACCUGUAUUAGUAUUGCCUAACUUUAACAAAACUUUUGAGAUUGAAUGUGAUGCAUCUGGAGUUGGAAUAGGAGCUGUUUUGAUGCAGGAAGGAAAGCCAAUUGCUUAUUUUAGUGAAAAGUUGAAUGGAGCAGCCUUGAAGUAUCCAACAUAUGACAAGGAGCUCUAUGCACUUAAAAGAGCAUUAGAGAAUUGGCAACACUACCUUUGGCCUAAACAAUUUGUAAUUCAUACUGAUCAUCAAUCUUUGAAGCACAUUAAGGGUCAAGGUAAGCUGAACAAGAGACAUGCAAGGUGGCUGGAAUUUAUUGAGACAUUUCCGUAUGUCAUCAGAUACAAGAAAGGUAAAGAAAAUGUGGUGGCUGAUGCAUUGUCAAGAAGGAUUGAUGGGUACUUGUUUAAAGAAAACAGAUUGUGUGUGCCUCAAUGUUCUUUGCGAGAAUUACUUGUGAGAGAAGCACAUGGGGGAGGAUUAAUGGGUCACUUUGGUGUGAAAAAGACUUUGGAUGUUUUGCAUGAACAUUUCUUUUGGCCUAAAAUGAAACGUGAUGUGGAAAGAAUCUGUGCUAAAUGCAUAACUUGUAAAAAGGCUAAAUCUAGAGUCUUGCCACAUGGUUUGUACACCCCAUUACCUGUGCCUAGUGAACCUUGGGUAGAUAUAUCAAUGGAUUUUAUUUUGGGUUUACCUAGGUCAAGAAAGGGUAUGGAUUCCAUAUUUGUGGUUGUCGAUAGAUUUUCUAAAAUGGCACAUUUCAUUGCUUGCCAUAAAACUGAUGAUGCCACAUACAUUGCUGAUUUGUUCUUUAAGGAAAUUGUAAGACUUCAUGGUGUUCCUAAAAGUAUUGUUUCUGAUAGGGAUACAAAAUUCUUGAGUCAUUUUUGGAGGAUUUUGUGGGGUAAGCUGGGUACUAAAUUAUUGUUUUCUACUGCUUGUCAUCCACAAACUGAUGGACAAACUGAGGUAGUUAAUAGAACUUUAACUCAAUUGCUUAGAACUGUGAUUCAAAAGAACUUGAAGAAUUGGGAAAAUUGCUUGUCAUUCAUUGAAUUUGCUUACAAUAGGAGUGUGCACUCAUCUACUGAUUAUUCUCCUUUUGAAAUAGUGUAUGGUUUUAAUCCACUAACUCCUUGGAUUUAUUACCCUGGUGAUUGGGUGUGGGUGCAUAUGAGGAAAGAAAGAUUUCCAGCUCAAAGAAAGUCCAAAUUAGCUCCAAGAGGAGAUGGUCCAUUUCAAGUGCUUGAAAGAAUCAAUGACAAUGCUUACAAAAUUGAUUUACUUGGUAAGUAUAAUGUUAGUGCUACUUUCAAUGUGGCUGAUUUAUCUCCUUUUGAUGCAGGUGAUGAUUCGAGGUCGAAUCCUUUUGAGGAGAGGGGGAAUGAUGCGAUACAGCAAGCUAACUCCUCAACUUCCAAUGAUCCAUUGCAAAUCCCAACUGGACCAAUCACAAGAGCAAGAGCUAAAAGAAUUAAGGAAGCUUUGAGUGGGCUAAUGAGUGACAAAGAAGCCAAUAUGGAAGAAUUCAACACAGAUCCUAAGCUGUUCAUGAGAGCCAUGAGAGAUGAAUUUCUCAAACUCAAGUUGGAGCUAGAGGAGCUAAAAGCAUCCAAAGCAAGUAGUGGUGAUGAGGAGGUGAUUAGAUCUGGUUCUUCAUCCUCAAAGAAUAGGAGCAGACCUGAAAAACGUGAUUUGGACACCUAUGACCCAAAGAUCAAGUACCCUACCUUCAAGGGUAAUAUAAAUCCAGAUGCAUACCUUGAUUGGGAGAUGAAGUUUGAGCAAAUCUUCAGAAUGAAUGACUGGCCAGAAGAAAAGAAGGUAAAAAUUGCUUCAUAUCAAUUUUCUGACUAUGCUAUUGUUUGGUGGGAAGAUUUACAGCUUAAAAGGCGCCUUAAGGGCAAAGGACCACCUCAUACAUGGUCAAAGCUAAAGAAACUCAUGCGCAACAAGUAUGUCCCUAGUUACUACUACCGAGAGCUAAAUAGAAAGUUACGACUGUUUGGCCAAGGCUCUAUGACUGUAGAUGAAUAUGUGCAUGAACUUGACCUUCUUAAAAUGCGAGCUGGAGUACAAGAAGGAGAAGAAGCAAGUGCUCAAGGGAUUCGUGUGGAUGAAGAGAAAGUGAAAGCUAUCAGGGAUUGGCCAACCCCAACAAAUGCUAAUGAA